UGUGACGUCUUUCCUAAGUUACAUUCUCAAAGCACAACUUUGUGUUUUUUAUGUGAUAUGUGGUGAUUUCAUUGAAAAAAAUCAAUAGACAUGAUUGGGCACCAAGUAAACUUAUAGACCUAACAUUUUAAUCAUAGAAAGACGUAAAAUUCUAUCUUCGUCUUUGUAAUGGACGCGACCUUGUGUGACUAUGAAGAGGGUGAGAUUCCUAUAUGGCAAGAGCCAAGAUGCGAACCCUUGGGUGCACCCAAAGAAAAUCUUUGUGAAGAAGUACCACCAGAACAAUUGUCAGGGGAUAGAAUACAUGCAUUGGAAGAAGAACAGGAGAUAUUAUCAUCAUCCGUAUUUUCCCUGACAUCUCAUCUUGCGCAAGUUGAAUUUAGAUUAAGACAAAUCCUGAAGGCACCCCCAGAAGAAAAGGAUGCUAUGUUAAAGGCAUUGGAAGAGUUUACAUCUCGAGGAGUUGAUUCUCGUGAGGCACCGCAAGGAAGCGCGGGAGAAUCGUGCAGUGAGUGCUUAGAAUUGGAGCGAAAAAUCCGUAGUCAGAGAGCUAGACAGGCGCACUUUAUUGAAAGAUUAAAAACUCAACUAAAAGAACUAGAAAGAUUCGCCGAGAGUCCUUCGAAUUUGGACGAUGAUAAGCACAGAUCCUUAAUAGAGCACCUGCGGAGUGAAAUAGAUCGCAGCGUAGAAGAAGGCUGCCACCAACCAUUAACUACCGAAGAAUUACGGCAUCAAAUUGAUUGUGCGGUGCGACAGUACGCAGAACGUCAACUUUCAAAAGAAGAAGUCAUAGGAAAACUUCAAGCUCAUAUUGAUGACAUGCAAAAAUUUAUAAAACUUAUGAAGAAUGAUGAUAUAAAUAGUAACACAAGAAAAACGAAGGAAACAAGAAAAGUCGGAAAAUCGGAGACGUUCGAGAAAAACUUUAACCGUAACAAAGUGAACGAUGAACUCAAAGCUGAAACCAUUAACUUAAUGAGAAAAGCAUCGGCACUCAUUCAAAUUUUUACAGUCUCUCAAUUUGGUUGCUCCCCCAAUACGAGUAAAAAAUUUGACAGGAAAUCAUCAACCAUUGUGACACAUUGGGGUAAUCUCAGAGCAAAACUUGAAAUGUCAAUAGAUGCAGUACUGCAUAUAGUUUCUAGAGAGAGAGCCUCACAUACCAUCGCUGACAGCUAUGACAGUGAAUCCGAAGAUGGUGGCAUCAUUAUUAAUGAUGCUCCGCUCACAACUGCUGUACGUAGACAUCUCGCUGUAAAUUUAAGAGAUUUACUUCAACAUGGCUUAGUAAAUCCGGAAUCUACUUCAUUAGUACCUAUGAUUGGGUGCUUUCCUGUUCGCAGAUCUUCUAUGUUCAGACCGUUACAUAUUUGGGAGUUAAUUUUACGUUAUUACGAAUUAAACGAUGGGGAUAAAUUCAAUUCUACUCCAGCUAGGAAAUUAAGCCAAAGUUUUAAUUUAGAUAUAGUUGGGGGAACGGCUAUUACUAAUAAGCAAAGUCUACUGAGUGCCAUCGGUAGUAUAAUAGCUUCACACACACCAUACAAAAGAAGUUACGAUGCACAUUUCAAAGCAUUUGUUUGUGCUGCGUUGAAUUCACAUAAGCUUGUGCUGUGGUUAAAUAUUAUGUUAAAAUGUAGGUCUCUCAUUGACUCGUAUUAUUCUUCAACAAGUUAUGUUGUUAAUACUGGUUUCCAAGAUACACUACAAAGUCUUGACCGUUUAACACCAUAUAACUUUGAAUUGCCUGUCGACCUUGCAGUAAAACAGUUCCAAAAUAUCAAAGAUGUAUUUAUGUAAGAGUAAGGGUAAUUUUUACAUAAUCAAAAAAUGCCUUCCAUAUAAGCUAUGCAUUUAUAUAAUUAUAAUUUAAGGUACUAUAGUAGAACCUUUAUUGCUGUAAAUUUUUAUCUAUUUCCCUUAGUGAUUGUUUUAAUAAAUUGAGCUAUAUUAGAUCUUACUAAAUGUUUAGUAAAAUUAUAUCAAGCCCUCAAUUGCUUAUAAUAAUUAUUAAAUUUUGAGUUCAAAGGUUCUACUGUAUAAGUCUAGUCUAUCGAUAUAAGGAAUAUAUUGUAUAAAUUAUUCAGGGCAUAUUGUGUAAUUACAUAAAUGUUAUACAUAAUGAAAUAUUUUAAAAUUGAUGCAUUUCAGAAUAAGUUGCACGCUUUGAAACAUUUAUUCAAAGAUUGGCCUAUGAUUGGAUGUUUUAAGCUUAUUGUUAGUUCAACUUAUAUCAGUAUUUAUUAAAUUAAUCUAUAUAAUUAUUUGUGAAAAGAUUAAGGUAUUAAUAAUCGAAAAUGUAUUAGAAAUAACUACAAAAGCUAUUUGUUUUAAGAUAACAUAGAUCAAAAAUAUUUAGAUAGGUCAGGUGAAAUUAUCAGAUAUAAAUUACAAAAAUGCAAAUUUCCUUAUACUAAAACUAAGUAUGAUUUUAAGGUACCAUUUUAAAUAUUUUGAAUAACCUCUGGAUUUCCCUGCUGGUGUAUAUGUAACCAUAUUUGUUAAAUUAAUCAUGAGAAUAUCAGUGGGGACAUUAAGAAAUAUGAAAUAUCAAUAGUGCCUUGUCAAUCAUGUCAUCCUAAAAAUUUAAUUCUGUAAAAGUAAAUUAAUGUUCUGCCUGGGAGUAGCUAUUCAUCUGAACAUUAUUUUAAACAAUGACAAUGUUUGUUUUUGAGGAAUUUCUAAAAUACCUAUUUACCGCCCAAAUGUGGAAACUUAAAGCAACUUUUUGUCACAUUUUAAAUCUCUAUGGAAAACCUUUAAAAGUGGAUUUAUUUAAGACAGUGAUUCAUUAAACAUUGUUCUGUCUUGUACUUUCGAAUCUGAAAUCUGCAAUUACAGAAAGACAUAUCGGGCUUUACUAAACACCUGUUUAAAAAUGUAUAUAAGGCCUCACUAUAAAUAUAAUAUAUAUAUAUAUGUAUCAAAAACUGGUAAAAAGAAGAAAAAGGCGAAAUAUUUCGAACAUAAUUUAUUAUUUUAUAAAUGAAACAAUUAUAUAUGUAAAUAACAAUCCAAAAACUUGCAUUCCAUUUAAUUGAUGUUAAGUAUUUAAACCAAAGAUGUACCAAAUUGUAUUAAUUGUAUAAGUUGCAGAAAUAUAAUAUAGUUGAUACUAACUU